AUGCCGUCCCCCCCCGCCCCUCAACAAGCGCCCCUCCCCCAAAGACUCGCCCCGGCCCUUGAGCCACCAAUCGCCCACCCCCCUCGAAGACUCGCCCCGGCCCAGCUCGUCGGAUCCACCCAUCAGCCGGUCGACACCCCACCUCAGCCCGUCGCCUACCCCCACCAACCCGUCGCCUACCCCCCCGCCCCGCCUCGCGCUUCCUCGACCAAAGAUCGUACGAUGUAUGGAUCACCAACGAAUAUAGGAAGCGAAUAUAGGAAGGUUGCCCUCCACCACUUGUCUCCCGACCUACACACUGAAGCCAAGAACAAGGUCAGUAACAGGGCUGACGACCACCGGGCCUUUUCUGUCUGGCCUAUGGUUCUGGGGCUGACCGUCACCGGCGUGGUGGCUAGCGUCAUCCCAGCGGUCAAACCGAUUUGGCUGUUGACCGAGUGGCCCCUCCAGGCUGACGCGCUCCCCUGUUUCUGGGCCCGCCGGUGGUCUUUGGUGUGGCUGGCCAUCAACCUCAUGUGGGCCGUAGCGCUCCUCGUCCAAGGCCUAAGUGGAGAGAACCUGAACAUCAACCAGGUCGCCGCCAACUUCCUCCCCCUCCCGUGCCACCCCUGCUACCCUUAA